AUUUUUUCAAGAUGAAGAAAAACCAAAACCCAGUUGUAAAUGCUACAGAAAUGUCCACCAGACCCACCGUCACGGCCCCCGCCCCCGCCCCCGCCGCAGCCGUAAACGGUGCUCAUCAUAGCCACCACUACUACCCUCCUACAAGCUCAUCAUCUUCCUCCUCCGCCUCCUUCCGUGGCUGUUGCUGUUGCCUUUUUCUCCUGUUUUCGUUUCUUGCUCUAUUAAUCCUUGCUGUUAUCCUUGUAAUUGUACUGGCUGUAAAACCGAAGAAACCUCAAUUCGACCUCCAGCAGGUGGGGGUUCAGUACAUGGGCAUCAGUCCCACCACCCCUUCCUCCGCCGCCGUCUCCCUCACUAUCCACAUGCUAUUCACUGCCGUCAAUGACAACAAGGUCGGAAUCAAGUACAGUGAGUCCAAGUUCACUGUCAUGUACCGCGGCAUCCCUCUGGGUAGGGGCAUCGUUCCCGGGUUUUAUCAACCCGCGCACAGUGUCCGUCAGGUCGAGACUACUAUCGCCGUCGACCGGGUUAGCUUGCUUCAGACAGAUGCUGCCAAUUUGAUAAGAGAUGCUUCGUUGAAUGACCGGGUCGAGUUGCGGGUCGAGGGUGAUAUCGGUGCAAAGAUCCGGAUUAUUGGGUUCACUUCACCUGGUGUGCAGGUUAGCUGAAUUCAAUUUGGUUCAAUUAUUAUGCAACUUUUUCUCGUUCUUUUAUUAUUUUCUCUCUAUAAUUUUUCUAAGUUAAUUCUUUGUCUUUUAAUUUUUCUAUAUCAUCCGGUAACGUGCAUUAUGACAUUGUAGACUUUACUAAAUGUGUCGGGCAUUUGGUACCGUGGAUGUAGGUGGUAAUUUUUAUUUUUACUGGUUUUCCAAAUUAAAGACAAAUAAUUAAUCUUAAAUAAAAUUCACAUUUGCCAACUUUUCCUUUUGAUUAGAUUAGGUAAAAGUUGUUGUUUGUAGGGUCAAGUGAUGGAGUGUAAUGUCAUUUUCGCAUUAAAUGAGGCUUAAAAUUAACCAUAGCUCUCGAGUAGUUUUGUUGUAUAUGUCAAGUUUUUGCCUCUAUAUUGGCCAUUAUUCCUCAUUAAAUU